UGCAGGAAGUGGUAACAUGGGGCGAUGAGAUACACAUGAAAGUCAUUCUACCGGCAAAACCAGAGGCGAGACAAAAUUGACAAAAGCUCCGUAUUUAUCCUCCUGUUGUUAGUUUGUUACAGUAGAAAGUUAUAGUGCGAUGUUAGGUUUGAUUCUGAAUGUGUAUUGCUAUCAUACAACAGCCACUAACUAGUCAGUAAAGCUAAAGGGCUAGCUAGUAGUAACCGUAACUUUACAGUAGGUAGCUAGUUUACAUUAGCUAAUUUACUUGUAGUUACAUCAGAAUAGGGCUUGGCAAUCUUACCCCAACAUUGUCAUCAUGAUACGAACAGGAGUGCAGCAGAUGGCCAGGGGACUGUGCCAAAUAAUGGGACGUGAAAUCUCAAAGGGAAAUUUCAACACCAACAUCAGACAACAAAUGACUCCAAGAGGGACUUUCCAGCUUCCCUGGUCCUCUAUCAACAGUGUCCGAACCAUGGCGGUGCUGCCCUGGCCUUUCUCUUUCCAGCCACGGGACUUCAGCCUGCCCAACURGUCCUGGGGCUCCGACAUGAGGCGUCUGUAUGAGCACUAUAACAGCCAGUGUGAGGUAGAGACAGAUGACGGAGAGAAGAAGUGGGGGGUCUGGAGAAGACUGCCCAGCUAUAACCGCUCCCUCAAGUACGCCACAGGUGGGGUGUAUUUGAGUAAGAUCAUUCAGUCGAAGGCGCGUCUGUUCACACGGAACAUCAGGGAGUACGGGGGGACGUUCGAGUACGUCGUGUUUGUCAACAAGCAGGAGCAGAAGUGUGUGUGUGUGUUCCAGGCUGGCCACCUACUGGAGGGAGUGUCACCCACCCUCACGUGGCUGUUUCUGUCAAUCACAAUGGGACACCUAUUAGGAGGAUGAUGGAUAGGCCAACUCAUCGACCAACCAGACGCUACAAACACACAUCAGAAACAGCACUGACUUCCUAGGGGGUGUGUUUGUCUGCACACAAAUGUUUGGGUGUAUAUCAGUACCUGAGUGUGGGAGUGUGUAUCCUUGAGUGUGUGCACGCAUGCAUGUGUGUGUGUGUGGUUCUGACUGUCAGAUCCAGUAAUCUUCUUAACUCUAGCAGUUUGCCUGAGACACCUGAUGCCUUGCGCUCCACUGACAUAGCAUACAGAUACUGUAUAUCAUAGACACAACCGGUUGUGGAUAUUMUACCUCUCUUUCUCCACUGUUACACACUCCUGGACAACCAGCUCCAGUCAGAGUGAAGGACAUAACCUCUGGUAUAUUAUAUUUAGGUCGAGGCUGUGGAUACAACUUUUCUGAACCCUUCUUCCCGACAGCUAAAGGUCCCGACACUUCUGCAUGUGCAGGAUUCUCUACUUUACGCACCUCCCUUCACAUUUCUCAGUCAAUUGUGAAUGAUAAUCUUCAUGUUUUACCAGUGAAACGUCCAUGCAGCAUCUGCAUACCUGUGUCUAGUUUCAAUCAUAGCACAUAUUUUGCCUAGUGGCACGUGCUGUUGAGUUUUGGCCACAUGAGAGAAAAAUGUGCCCAUUUGCACAAUCAUUCUAAAAUCUCAUAGGAAAUGAGGUGGUGUUUUUGUCUUACAGUAAUUUUAUACUACACUAUUAUAUUGGGUUCUGUUAUGUAGAAUACCAUCAUUGUGUGAUCUGGCAGACAUUGAUUCAGCUUUGAUCUAACUUUAUGAAACGCGCACCAUUCACCAGAGUAGCUUGUUCUGUAGUAGAACAGAGACUGUGUGUAAAGAAGCUUCGGGACCUUUAGCUGUCGGAAUGAGGGSUCUAGAAAAGUUGGAUCCACAGCCACUCUGAUAUAUUUAAUAGAUAGUUUAUUUUUUGUAUUUUAUUUYUAUAAUUKMMAAUAAUUUAUUYGGCCUUUUACAGUUUGAGYUUUMAYUCAUUGCUGAUAUGUUAUUUUGUGACCAGUAUGACCUCUUGAAUAAAGCCUUACCUCUUGGGUACUGUAGARMGUUUUUCUAUGGUAUCUGGCUCAAUGUGGGAUACCUUU